AUGAUACCUCUAAUUUACCAGAGAAAGUACAAGAAUUUACCGAUCAUCACAUUGACUAAAAAUCUCGGUGUUCGCAAAGGAAGUCGUACUGGAAACUCCGGAAAUCAUCUAGAAUUUCAAGUGCUCACCCUAAUUGAAUACGUACCCUGACUUUGCAAAAAAAAAAGAAAAUUGCGUGCAAGUGAAAUUGCGAAAAUCGCUUUGAGAGAAACUCAAAAAUAAUAUUUUGAAAAUUCUUUAACUGUGUCGCUUUUGGUGCUAAACUUUCUUCGACUUUUUUGAAUAAAAAACUAAAAAAAGAAAGCAAAAAAAUGGUGCAAGGAGAACGCUCAGGAUUCACCAGUGUGGAGGCUGCUUACCAUCGCAAUCAGGACUCCAAGAGGGCUGGUUUUGAGAGCAUGCAGAAGCGUGACAAGGAGAAUAGGGCCUCAGCAUCCAGCAAGCCAGCUCAGACCUCUGUAUGGGGUCCAAUCUUCAAGAAUCGCGAUCAUUUCAACAGCCUCCAUCACUGUUGAGAGAAAUCUGAACAGCCACAGUACGCGUGAUUCCCUUCAUCGGCUUUCCUUCAGCUCUACGCGGGAUUUUUUUCUUAUUACUCUGCUACUUCCCUGGCUUGACGACAAAGCAGCUCCUUCAUUAAUAUUCCAAUUUUAUAUGCAAAUUAAUCCGGCAUUUAUAUGAAAAUAUAUCGCUUUUUUGUAUGAAAAAAUA